CUGAUUGGGUAACUCUGUGUCACGCACGACGUCCAUCAAGGUUGGUUGUAGCGGUUAGCUUGUUGAUGUAGCCGUCAGAAGUCAUAAGUCGCCGAGAGUCUCAGGUGACGAUGCAGUUCUUGGGCCGGCUGUUGGACACUGUGUCCUCUGUGUCGACCCUCUUCGUCAACCCGUACAGGGUGAAAGAUGUGCCGCUCUCCGACAGCACGGGCCGAGGAAGAGUUGAGCUGGAGAGGAAAGGGCGUGUCGUCCUGUACAAAAACACACAGGGUCCAUCGUGGGAAUGUUUGUUACUGAACCCUGAAACGCCAGCCGUGGCUCUGAGACUGUUUCACGUGGGGUCGGAGGAAGAAGCUUUAAACUGGUUCCAACAGUAUUCCCUUAAACUUCAGCCGUUCUAUGAAAUAAUUCCCCUGAAAGUUGAGUCCGUGCAGCUUAUUGCCGACUGCAUCCGAAACCACCAGGAUUGGACCGCCGCUCACAUCGCCGUGGAUACGGGCCUGAGGGACUGUCUCAAACACAACUAUGUCCAGAGCCUCAUCAACACUCAGGACUCCCUGGGUCAGACCCCGCUGCACCUGGCGUGUGAACGCGGCGACACCGCCUGUGUGCAGCAGCUGCUGGAGGAAAGUCAAGCUCGCACUGACAUCAAAGACAACAACGGUGAGACGCCCAUGCACUCGGCUGCCAAGCAGGACACCGCUGUGGUGGUCCAGAUCCUCUGCUCUCGCAUGUGCACGGGCGUCAAUGAGCUAAACAACAACGGGGAGACGCCGCUUCACGUGUCCUGUCGUCUGGGAAGAGUGGAGGCAGUCAAGGCUCUGGUUGGGGGCGGAGCCAGGUGUGACGUCAUAGGCGGCAGCGGCUACCCGAUCCACACGGCCAUGAAGUACAAUGAGAAGGGAUGUGUGGAGGAGAUCCUAAAAGUGAAUCCAAACCAGCUGCAGGCUGAAGACCCGAUAUAUGGAGGAACACCGCUCCACUGGUCCAAAACAGCUGAGAUGUGUCGCCUCUUGCUAGAGCACGGUUGCGCCAUCAACUACCUCAGUAAAACCGGCGAGAGUCCGCUCCACAUCUUAACCAAGAAGGGGCGCUUCGAGGCCGCCAUGGUGCUGCUGACGCACGGUGCGAACGCCAACCUGAAGGGCGAGGCCGGGAACACUGCGCUGCACCUGGCCAUGAAGAUGGACCACAUGGAGCUGAUCAAAGCUCUCAUCGUGUUCGGAGCAGAUGUUGAGAUCCACAAUGACUUAGGAGAAACCCCGGGACUGAUCGCUGCUCGCACCAGCAAAGGAUCUAAUAGAAAGAUCCUGCUGGACAUGCUGUGUAGUGUCGGAGUCCAGCGCUGCCACCCUCCCAACCCAAGCAGCCCCCCGCCCGACAAGACCAAACCACCUGCCAUAGGGUUCCAGGACCUGAUGUACGUGGGGGCAGCGGUCACCGCGAUGAGCGGGGGAGUGUGUGACGUGGACAGCCCCCAGAGAGCUCACAGGCUGGACAGGCUUCUGUGUCUGGACGGUGGCGGGAUUAAAGGUCUGGUGCUGAUCCAGAUGCUUAUCGCUCUGGAAAAGGAAGCGGGCCGACCCACCAAAGAGCUUUUCGAUUGGGUCGCUGGCACCAGCACCGGCGGGAUCCUCGCUCUGGCCAUCGUCCACGGGAAGUCCAUGGAGUAUCUCCGCUGCCUGUACUUCCGCAUGAAGGAGCAGGUGUUCAGAGGGUCACGGCCGUACGAAUCCGCACCACUAGAGGACUUUCUGAAGAAGGAGUUUGGAGAAAACACAAAGAUGACUGACAUCCAAUUUCCCAGGGUGAUGGUGACCAGCGUUCUGGCGGACAGACAUCCCGGGGAGCUGCACAUCUUCAGGAACUACGACCCCCCUUCCAUCCACAAAAAUCCUCCUUACACCACCACUGCCACUUUCAAGCCUCUCACAGUCCCGCAAGGAUGGGAGGAUGAGGAGUUGUUGGUUGUAGGAUACACAGAGGAGCCACCAAAAAAGCGUAGAAGGGUGACAGACGAAGAACAGCUGGUGUGGCGGGCUGCCAGGUCCAGCGGGGCGGCGCCAACCUACUUCAGACCGAUGGGCCGCUUCCUGGACGGAGGGCUGCUGGCCAACAACCCCACUCUGGACGCCAUGUCGGAGAUCCACCAGUACAACAAGGCCUUGAAGUCGGAGGGUCGAGGGUCCGACAUCAAGAGGCUGGGGAUUGUUGUUUCCCUUGGUACCGGGAAACCUCCUCAAGUGGCGGUGAGCUCCGUCGAUGUCUUCCGACCUUCCAAUCCUCUGGAGCUGGCCAAGUCGUUUGUCGGAGCCAAAGAGCUGGGCAAGAUGCUGGUGGACUGUUGCACAGACUCGGACGGGUGUGCGGUGGACAGGGCGAGUGCCUGGUGUGAGAUGAUCGACACCAUCUACCACAGACUGAGUCCUCAGCUGUCUCAGGAAGUCAUGCUGGAUGAAGUGAGUGACUCCGUCCUGGUCGACAUGCUGUGGGAGACGCAGAUGUACCUGUACGAGAAGCGAGAGGUGCUGCAGUCGCUGGCUAGAGACUUGCUGAGUCACUGAGUCUGUGGUGAAGGGCAGAUGAGGGCCGGACUGAAUACACAGUUGCAACAACGCAGGACCAUUAAUGUCGCGUCGCCGAUUUCUAUGGAUCAAUAAUGUAGCAUCGCACCAAGACUGUUAUCCACUUGACUUAACCUCAGUUUUAGUGUUAGUUUCAGACCUCUUUCAUGACAGAUACUGGUCGGCUGUGUAGCAGUAAAGGUGAUGAUGAUGAUGAUGAUGAUGAUGAUGAUGCCUUAAACAUCUGGGACCCAUAACAUCCAUAGUAUCUUCUUCCAACCUGCGACUGCCACCUCACAUUUCUUGCGCCCAGCACUUUGCUCCAGACAAAUAUUUAUCAUGUUCAUAUUCAACUUGACUCUAUUUAAAAAAAACUGACACUGAUGCUCGCACAAUAUUUUCCCACUGCCUCUUGAUAUUCUGAUGUAUUUGGAUGAAUAAAGAUGUUUCCUUCGUCGCUGGGUUUACGGUGUUCAUUUGAACAGGUCUAUUUUGAGCUGGGAAAGAGGAAGCUCCGACUCUGACCUGUAGAGGGAGCCAUCUUUCUGCUUAAGUUGAGUCUCUUUUCUGUGCCAUUUGCCAAAUCAUUGUGGCUUAAAUGGAUGGUUUAA